GUAAUCAGUCAGCUGAUCGCUGACGUCAGCGUGCAAUCGUAACGGCUGCAACUGGGUCGGCUUGUUUACAUUAUAUUCAACUGAUCUGCCUUCAAAGUUACUGGUCGUUAAUAGCAUUUUGGCAAUCGUCAAACUAGAUGGCAACUACCGUUACCACACAGCGGGGACAGGUUUACAUCGGGGACCUUCCCCAGGACUUCCUACGCAUUGCUCCUUCACACCAGCAACAGCAGGUGCAACUGGACGCGCAGGCGGCCAGGCAGCUGCAAUAUGGGGGCUCCAUGGCCACUGUAGGGCGUCUCAGUAUCACUGUGGUACAGGCAAAGCUGGCUAAGAACUAUGGUAUGACCCGCAUGGACCCCUACUGUAGGAUGAGACUGGGCUAUGCUGUCUAUGAAACUCCAACUGCACACAAUGGGGCAAAGAAUCCUCGCUGGAAUAAAGUUAUUCAAUGCACUGUGCCUCCUGGGGUAGACUCCUUCUAUCUGGAGAUCUUUGACGAGCGGGCAUUCUCUAUGGAUGACAGAAUAGCAUGGACCCAUGUGACCAUCCCUGAAAGCCUGAGAGAGGGCAUCAUGGUGGACGAGUGGUUCAGCCUGAGUGGUCGACAAGGCGACGACAAGGAGGGAAUGAUCAACUUGGUGAUGUCAUACGCUUCCAUGCCAGCAGGAAUGAUUCCACAGCCAGUGGUCCUGAUGCCCACGCGGGGGGGCCUGUACCAGCCAGGAGUGGGAUACAUACCAAUAGCAGGUGUGCCUGGCAUGUACAAUCAGGGUGUGGUUCCCAUGGCAAUGCCGGCGGCGGUGCCGGUGGUGGCCAGCCAGAUGGCUGAGUGCAGCGAGGAGGACCUGAAGGGCCUGCAGGACAUGUUUCCCAACCUAGACCGCGAGGUGGUGCGCACUGUGCUGGAAGCCCAGCAAGGCAACAAGGACGCUGCCAUUAACUCUCUUCUGCAGAUGGCAGAGGAACUCUGAGGGCUGGUGUUUCAAUCUACACCCUGGAACGUAUAUGCACAUAUAUAUUCUAUACAUACACACACGGGCAUCCAAAUUCAACAUGUACAGUUAUUGCCCAAGUGGCACUAUAGCGCCGUCGCCUACUUGCAUUCCCGUCAUUUGGUUAGUUGAUCCAAUCACAGCCCUAGACCAACUUAAGCAGCAGCCAUUACUGAACAAGCACUAACAAUGAUAGUUUUCUCCAAAAGUUUGUCUACACUGAAAAAGGAAUCAUGUGUGUUGUAUCCAAGUCAGGCAGUACAGCCUAUCAAGUUUCCUGUUUUAAUUCCACACAAAGGGGCUUGCUUACAGACUCAGAAUUAAUCAACAAUUGUUUGGGUGCCACUAUGAUGGCUUGGCACAUUCAUAUGCCCAUGCAGAAUUGUUUUAAAUUGUUCAAUUCAGAUGUCACUGUGAGGUCAUUAUUAGCCCAUAUAAUUUUACAAAAAUAUUAACCAUGUUCAGCAAUCUAGCACCAAAACAGUGCAGAGAAAGGACAUUUUGUAAUGCAAUGAGCUUAAGGAUACCAGUGAGUUUAGCUAAACGUCCCUGUCGUAAUACAUUAUGCACCCAGUUGUAGCUUUCUGAGUCAAUACAUCGAAAAAUUUAUAAAUUACCAACAUUUCUCUAUCUUUAGUUUCUAGUGGUUUAGAAGAGAAUGAGGACAUCUAAUGAUCAAUUAACAAAUGUGGAAGGUUAUAUGUAUACGUCAGGCUGCCAUUUCAUGAGGGCUGAUAUUCAAGCAAAUCAGGAAGAAGCAAGUGAUCAGACACCAAACAAGAUAUAUGCUCGAAACGCUACCAACUCUGCAUCACCAGAAAAUGUAGCCAUAUAUGGCAUAUUACUGCCCCAUUUCUGCGUGGAUGUCUAGACCCCUGAUUCAUAUGCCAAAAAGGGAAGGAGCCAAUCCAGUCAGUUCACAUAACAUCCAUGCUUAGACAGUUACAAAGGUCAAGGAGAUUGACUAAAAGGUUUAUGUUGUAAAUCCAGUAACAAUGAUAUUUACAACUAUGACCUGUUAUCAUUUAUAUCUGUUAAGCUUUUGGUGGGACCUGCUAGUCUGAAAGGUAUUGAAUGUUGCCUGCCAACGUUUUUUUUUUUGCCAACGUUUUUUGCGUGUGUUUCGCUUUAAAGAUCUAUAUUUUUCAGAAAAGAUUCCCAGUGGGUUGCAAAUCUCGGUAGAUAAAUAUUACUGGAGCCUUGUCAACAUGUGCCAUGUCAGGGUAAUAAGUUUGUUGAAAAGUGAGUGUCUAUUUAUACACCAUUGUUAUUUUGCCGAUUCAGUAAUUGUAUUGGAUCUUUAAGUUAUGAGCCACAGACCUUUGCCUUCAACAAAUUGUUCGACCAUGUUGCCAGAAGGAUUUUGGACCUCUUGAAUUGAACUACUUCCAAAUAUAAAUCUUAUGAACAGUGACACCCAAUAGCUUAGCAAAGACUAAACACUAUUAUAUUUGAUAUAUUUAUGGGACUCUGAGCUUGCGUGUUGGUUAAUGAAGUCGUGAUCUGAAAAUCUCUGACCUUCUUCCUCGACUGGAUUUUCUUUUGCUUUUGUUUCUCAAUAUGACUGGAUCAUAAAUAUGAGUGAAAAUGUGUCUUUGUACUGAGUUCUGUUCACCAAGCAUUUACUUGGCUCAUGAGAAAUUGUGAGCAGAAAAAACAAUUCAGUUUUAUGGUUGCAGAAAAUUAUAUUUGAUUCUAGUGACAAAACAAAACAUCUAGUCUAAAGUAGAUGUCAAUACAAAUAUGUGGGAAAAUAUGUCACAACAAAUGACACCUAGUACAAGUAUUUGUUUCAUUCUAGAAAUUUGUUUCAUUACAGUAAAAUUAGGAAAGUCAAUGGGGCGUAGCCUAUAUUCGGGAUCGCGCCGAUGGCUGUUCGUUUGCGUUAGCGUCUGCGGCGUCUCUUCCCUUGCGUCGCGCAGGCGGAGUCCUCGCAGCUGCACGAGUCCACGCUGGUGUAUUGUUGUGUACGGGUGGAGCCGUCGCCACACGUCAACUGCACCUCCUUCACACUGGUGGUCAGCUCCUUGCAACAUGCACACUUGUGCAUCAUCUUGUUUGCAGCUGCGGAGAAUCUACACACCACACACUACAAUUAUUUUGUGUCGAGAAAAUUUAGAAAUUUGUCAAGAAAAUGCAUACUUUAGUAUAUAAUUGUAUCAGCUUUUUCUUGUAUCAUUUGUUUUGUGCUUCCCUCUGCAACAAUUGCUUCUGCAUAUUCAUUUCCUUAUUGUUAAAUUAAGGAUAAUCGAUAGCAUCGACUGCAGCUUUGAAGCAUUAAUUAUGACG